AUGAAAACAGUCAAUCUGUAUACAUGGCUCGUCUGUGGACUGAGUGGUUCUCUGGUCCACGGCGCCAGACUACCUCUUCGCGCGCGCGCCGAUCCUGGCAAGGAGCAUUUUGGGCAGAACCCUAAUGCUAAUCAGCUCUUUGCUGCACCGCCGACCAAUGGCCGAAUCAUUGAUCGUACAGGAUGGAAGGUGACGUGCGACAGCUUCGAGCCUGGCAAUGAGUGUUCGAAAGCCAUUGACGGAGACAACACCACACUGUGGCACACACAAUACAGUGGCUCGUCGCCUCCUCCACCUCACACUAUUACGUUGGAUAUGGGUUCGACGUACAACGUCAAUGGCCUCUCAGUCCUACCGCGACAGGACAACAAUCAGAACGGCAAUAUCGCCCGGCACGAGGUCUCCGUCAGUCCGGAUGGCACCAACUGGGAGGUUGUGGCUGUGGGCAACUGGGCCACGGACGCGCUGACCAAGUACGCCAACUUUGAGACCAGAAAGAUCCGCUAUGCUCGUGUCAAGGCCUUGACUGAGAUUACGGGUAAUCCGUGGACGAGCAUUGCAGAGCUCCAGGUCUUCGACGCUGGCGCAGAGCCGACGCAGUAUGCUGGCACUGGAAAAUGGGGGCCGACUAUCAACUUCCCGACCGUUCCCGUGGCCGGCAUGGUUGACCCUCUGAGUGGAAAGAUUACCAUCUGGUCUGCGUAUGCCUAUGACAAUUACCUGGGCUCAAGCUUUGACCGAGUCUUCACCUCCAUCUGGGACCCUGCCACUAAUGACGUUGAGCCCAAGAUUGUCGACAACACCGACCACGACAUGUUCUGCCCCGGCAUCUCCAUUGACGGAACUGGAAAGGUCAUUGUCACUGGCGGUAACUCCAAGUACAAGACGACGCUUUACGAUUUCCCGUCCCAGGCUUGGACAGCUGGUCCCGAUAUGAAGGUCCCUCGAGGCUACCAGUCAUCGGCAACGUGCUCAGACGGCCGCGUCUUCACCAUUGGCGGCUCCUGGAGCGGUGGCGAGGUCGAGCCCAAGGACGGCGAAAUCUACAGCCCCCAGACCAAGUCAUGGACGAUGCUGUCCGGCGCCAAGGUGGCCAACAUGUUGACGGCAGACAACCAGGGCGUCUACCGCUCCGACAACCACGGCUGGCUGUUUGGCUGGAAGAACGGCACCGUCUUCCAGGCCGGCCCCAGCACCGCCAUGAAUUGGUACUACACCAACGGCAACGGCAACGUGCAGUCGGCCGGCAAGCGCACAUCGAACCGCGGAGACGACCCCGACUCCAUGUGCGGCAUCGCUGUCAUGUACGACGCCACGCAGGGCAAGAUCCUCGCCGCCGGCGGCUCGCCCGCAUACCAGUACAGCAACGCCCACACCGGCGCGCACAUCAUCACGAUUGGAAACGCGGGCGCCAAGCCCACGGUCCAGUUUGCGAGCAACGGCCUGUGGUCGGCACGCGCUUUCGGCACCGCCACCGUUCUGCCCAACGGCAUGACCUUCAUCACCGGCGGCCAGAGCUACGCGAUUCCCUUUGAGGACAGCACGUCGCAGCUGACGCCGGAGAUGUACGACCCAGCUCGCGACAGCUUCUUCCAGCAGGCGCCAAACACAAUCCCCCGCAAUUACCACAGCAUCUCGCUCCUGAUGCCCGAUGCCCGCGUCUUCAACGCGGGCGGCGGUCUGUGCGGUGACUGCAACACCAACCAUUUCGAUGGUCAGAUCUAUACCCCCAGCUAUCUCCUCAACACUGACGGCUCUCCUGCCGCCCGUCCCACCAUCACAUCGGCGAGUGUGAGCGGCAGCCGCCUUUCCAUCGGCACAGCAGGUGCCAUCACCUCGGCUUCGCUUAUUCGCGUCGGAACAUCCACGCACACUGUCAACACGGAUCAGCGUCGCAUCCCGUUGACGCUGAACCGUCGGUCAAACACGGCGUACACUGCCAACCUGCCCACGGACCGUGGUAUUCUGUUGCCAGGCUACUGGAUGCUGUUCGUCAUGAACAGCAACGGUGUUCCGAGUGUCGCUAAGAUUAUCAACCUUUCUCUAUAA